GAACAUCUGGUGGCAUGUUCGGGAGAGAGAGAGACAGAGACAGAGAUUGGUUAGGCCAACUUUGGUGAGAGAGAGAGAGAAUCUAGAAUUGACUUUGUUUUCGUUAUUAUUGAAAUGAGGUUACGCAAAAUAGAGAGGAAGAAUUUGUCAAAAUCCCCUGUGUUUCUCUCUCUCUCUCUCCAUCUCUCGGAUCUGUGGCAUCUUUGUUGUGAUGAUGAGCAAUGCUGAAUGAGAUGAGAUGGAAAGCUUUAGAAAAGCCUAUGGAGCUCUAAAGGACUCCACCAAAGUUGGCCUUGCCAGUCUCAAUAGUGACUUUAAGGUGUUGGAUGUUGCAAUCGUCAAAGCCACCAACCAUGUCGAAUGUCCCCCCAAGGAAAGGCACGUCGGAAAGAUACUCGCAGCAAUAUCUGCAAACCGCCCACGAGCCGAUGUAGGCUACUGCAUUCAUGCGCUAUGUCGAAGAUUAUCCAAGACGCGCAACUGGAUUGUUGCAAUAAAGACAUUGAUAGUUGUGCAUAGGACUCUUAGAGAGGGUGAUCCUGCAUUCAGAGAAGAAUUAGUACGGUAUUCCCAACGAGGAAAGUUAUUCCAACUUUAUAAUUUCAAGGAUGAUUCCAGUACUUUAGCUUGGGACUGCUCUGCUUGGGUCCGUACAUAUUCACUCUUUCUAGAGGAAAGAGUCGAAUGCUUUAAGACCCUGCAGUAUGAUCUAGAGGUCGACAGAGCAUCAAAACCCGGUCCUCAAGUAUCCAAGACACACAGUAAGACACGGUUCUUGAAUGGUGACCAGCUGUUAGAACAUCUACCUUCGUUGCAACAACUUAUGUACCGCCUGAUAUGUUGCCAGCCCGAGGGAUUAGCCUGCCAUAACUAUCUAGUCCAAUUUGCCUUGGCCAUGGUCUUGAAAGAGAGCUUCAGAAUUUAUUGUUCCAUCAAUGAUGGGAUCAUUAAUCUUGUGGACUUGUUUUUCGACAUGCCCAAGCACGAUGCAGUUCGGGCUCUUGAUAUUUACAGAAGGGCAGGAAAACAGGCAGCACAUCUAGCUGAUUUUUAUGGCUUCUGCAGAACGCUAGAUCUUGCACGAACCUUUCAUUUUCCUACAUUGAAACAGCCUCCCCCGACGUUUCUUGCAACAAUGGAGGACUAUAUAAAAGAAGCACCGCAUAUAAGUUCUCUGAGCGAUAACAGACUGGAAUAUCGGGAGACAGAAAAUGAAUCAGAAGAUGGCGAUGAGGAAGAACCUCAAGAAGAAACUGAAAAACAAGUCCAAGACAAAGAAGAUGCAAUUUCUGCAGAAGAGGAAGAGGAGCCAUCUCAGACUGAAUCGCCGCCACUGGUAAAUGUACCAAAUGAAGAGCACGUUGAUCUUCUUGGUUUAAGUGAAGUAAAUAAAGAUGCCUUAAAAAUAGAGGAAAGCAAUGCAUUAGCCCUCGCAAUCUUUGAACCUGGUGCCAAUCCCCCUUCAGCUAACAACGCCCUAGCUGAAAUUGGAAGCACAAGUGGUUGGGAAUUGGCCAUUGUUACGGCCCCAAGUAAUACUAGUCAACCUCAAGUUGCUCAACCCCAAAUGGCCGGGGGCUUCGACAACCUACUGCUGGAUAGCCUGUACGAAGACAGCGCUGCUCGGAGAACCAUGGAGCUGCACAGUGCAGGCUACAGCACAAGCUACGGAUACGACCCAAGCAUGCAGAUUGCAUUCAAUCAACAACAACAACAACAGUUCGACCCUUUUGCCAUGUCAAGCAACAUCCCGCCUCCAACGAAUGUGCAGAUGGCGCUCCUGGCUCAGCAAGAGCAAAUGACGAUGCAUCAACAACUACAACAACAGCAGCAACAACAAAUGAUGAUGAUGCCGACAAUGGAGCAGCAUCAGGGCAUGAGCAUGGAACCCUAUAAUCCUUAUGCAGCUUCCCAGCCGAUGGGAGGCUACUUUAAUCCAUUUGGCGAUCCCUUCAACUAUCCACAGCCUGCAGCGCCACCGCAUGGGAAAAAUGAUAAUACGUUGAUCUAACUUCAUUCAUUCAUUCUCGUUUCGGUUUAUUCGACCGUUAAGGCCAUGUUUACUUGGAUUCAUAUAUAAGACGAGAUAUAUGAAAUUGAUCGUAUAAUUAUUUGAUUUGGGGUAAAAUCUAAUGAAUAUUGAGCAUGA